GAGCGAUACCGUUUGCUGGAGCCAGUCCACGUCCCGGAGCAAGAUGCGGUGCGACGAAGCGUGGGCGCGUGCGGACGCUAGCGCGGUCGCGAAGUACAUCGAACACCGCAAGGCGCACAUGAUGCCGCCCGACUUCACGCACAUUCAACAGCUGGACGAGCUGGAGUCCGCGGACGUCGAGAAGAACACGGCAACUACUGACGCAGCGGGGGCGAAUAUCGAAGAAAAAAACUGUGUAAGUGUAACUUUUUUGCAGGAACAGCAUCACAGAUUUGUUUUUCAUGACAGAAAACUUGUCAUGCGUAGCUAGUAUGCUAAAACACGUACUAAAAUAGCCUCUGAUGCAUAUCCGGCAUGACAAGUGUAACUGUAUUGCAACAUCUGCAAGACAAAGCUACACUUACACAGUUUUUUUCUUGCAUAGCGAACGAGGAGGAGGACGAGAGCGAGGAGUUUGUGUUGUCGUAUUACAACUCCUGCGACCGCUAUCACAGGAAAAAAGUCUUUCACUGUAAGGAUUUUGCAACUUUUGCAUCACAAGUUUGUUCCGCAUGACAGAGAAAAUUUGCCAUGCAAGCUUCCUAAGGGAAAACACAGCUAAAAAUCCACUUUCUUGCAUGUGUAGCAAGUCAAAUGCUUCUGUGUUCCAUUUUAUGCGUAACAAGUUUACAGUGAAACAGUUUUUUCUUGCGAUAAUCGCGUGUGGGUCGCGAACGCGGAGGUCGGGGGCAAAUUGAAAAUCAUCGAGGCGACGUGGGGCAGCUCCGCGGCGGCGGCGGUCGUGUCGACGGAUCAGGUGCAAAGCAAAGUGGCUGAUGGAG